UGCACGUGCAGUCUGGUCAGUGUGGGAACCAGAUAGGCGCUAAGUUCUGGGAAGUAAUAUCGAACGAGCACGGUAUUGACCCUACAGGAACAUACCACGGUGAUUCUGAUCUACAGCUUGAACACAUAAAUGUUUAUUUUAGUAAGGUCAGUGGAGGAAAGUAUGUCUCUCGUGCUCUCUUGGCUUAUCUGGAACCUGGUACGAUGGAGAGUGUCCGCUCAGGGCCCUUCGGCCGAUUGUUCCAUCCUGACAAUUUCGUAUUUGGUCAAAGUGGGGCGGGAAAUAACUGGGCCAAAGGUCACUAUACUGAAGGUGCUGAACUUGUAGACUCAAUUUUAGACGUGGUGAAAAAGGAAGCUGGGUCUUGUGAUUGUCUACAAGGUUUCCAACUAACUCAUUCACUUGGGGGUGGUACCGGCUCAGGUAUGGGGACGCUGUUGAUUUCAAAAAUUCGAGAAGAAUAUCCUGACAGGAUUAUAAAUACAUUCUUUAUAGUCCCAUCACCCAAAGUCUCCGAUGCUGUUGUCGAGCCAUACAAUGCUACACUGUCUGUACAUCAACUUGUUGAGAACACUGAUGAAACGUUCUGCAUCGACAACGAAGCACUCUAUGACAUCUGUUUCAGAACACUCAAGUUAACCAACCCCACUUAUGGAGAUCUCAAUCACUUGGUCAGUGCAACCAUGUCUGGAGUGACCACCUGUCUCAGAUUUCCUGGACAACUGAAUGCUGACCUGCGGAAACUGGCAGUGAAUAUGGUCCCGUUCCCUCGACUGCAUUUCUUCAUGCCAGGAUUCGCUCCACUGACAAGUCGUGGCAGUCAACAGUAUCGCUCAUUAACUGUGCCUGAACUGACACAACAAAUGUUCGAUGCAAAGAAUAUGAUGGCUGCCUGUGAUCCUCGUCAUGGUCGUUACUUGACAGUGGCGGCGAUUUUCCGUGGUCGUAUGUCUAUGAAGGAGGUGGAUGAGCAGAUGUUGAAUGUGCAGAAUAAGAAUUCGAGUUAUUUUGUCGAGUGGAUUCCGAAUAAUGUGAAGACGGCAGUAUGUGACAUUCCUCCUCGUGGUUUGAAGAUGUCGGUGACUUUUAUUGGUAACAGUACGGCUAUUCAAGAGUUGUUUAAGCGUGUUUCUGAACAGUUUACUGCAAUGUUCCGUCGUAAAGCGUUUUUACAUUGGUAUACAGGUGAAGGGAUGGAUGAGAUGGAAUUUACUGAGGCUGAAUCAAAUAUGAAUGAUUUGGUAAGUGAAUAUCAGCAGUGUCAAGAUGCCACUGCCAACGAUGAAGAAAAUGUUUAA